AUGGGAAAAGGAAAGGCGAUACAAAUACAGGAUGAUAAGGCCAAUUCAAACCCCACGCUCGCUCUAAAUUUUACCCCGGUCCAUGGGCAAGCAUCGGCACCGCCGCUUACUGCCACAAAAGGCCCGCCGCCAAAUAUUCCCUUGUUCAUUCCCACUAUGCUAGUGCCAAGAUUUCCAACAGGUGGAAUGCCUACGAUGGUGGUAACAGAUGCGGGGGUGAACAAAUUUGCAACCGAGCGUCGUUGUGACGUACUUGAGGAGCGGUUGAGAGCUAUUGAAGAAACUAAUGCGUUUGGUUCUAUUGAUCCGGUAGACCUCUGCCUGGUGUCGAAGGUGGUCCUACCACCAAAAUUCAAGAUACCGAACUUUGAAAAGUUCGAUGGAACCUGGUGUCCUAGAACCUAUUUACGGUUGUACUGUCAAGCGAUGGCAGCAUACUCAGACGAUGGAAGACUAAUGGUGCAUGGCUUUCAUAAUAGUUUGACUGGGUCGACCAUCCGUUGGUACACACAACAAGACAGGACUCGGAUCUGCUAUUGGAAAGGCUUGACCAAUGCUUUCAUGGCUCAAUACCGCCACCUAAUUGAAAUGGCGCCAGACCAAAUGACCUUGCAAGCGAUGGAGAAGGGGUCCACUAAAACAUUUUGGGAGUACAUAUGUAGAUGGCGAGAUAUAGCCACUCAGGUGAUCCCUCUAGUAGGCGACAGGGAAGCAAUAUCCUUGUUCAUGAAUACGCUGAAAGACCCCUACUGUGGACACCUUCUGGGAUCAACCCCCUAA